AUGACGAAGCUGGCCACCACGAGGACGGUUCGCUUCGCAGUGGGCCUCUCUGUGACCGACGAGGACGGUGCUUUCCGGAUGCUUUGGUCAGCGGGCGCGCUUUGGCGGCUGGGCAGCAACGCGGCGCAGAACAAUCUGCGCCUGCGCGAAGACAAGAAGUGGAAGUCUUCCGCAAGCUGCUGCUGCCACAAUGGAGCAAUGCUUUAG